AUGUCGGAAGAGGUAGAAAUUAAGACUUACUUUAAGCUGGUGGACGUAGUCAAAUGGAUCGGUAUAACACAGUUCGAAAUACUGGUCAACCUGAUAGCUUUUCUCGUGUUCACCAUACUGCUCACGGUGAAAGCUUUCAGCGGAGAGCUGACGGGGACGCUAACAGCUAACGAAUGGUUAGCCCUGUUCUCGCCAAUGUUCUGCGGGGACUUUUGUAACACAUAUUUCUGCAUCAUCGUUGGCAUACGGAUGUACUUGGGUAACAAGCAUCGGCAGGCAAUGCAUCGGCUAGUUUGGAGCAUUCCUUUUCUGCUGCUAACGUCCGGAUUCAAGUACCUGGUGUGCAUGAAACUGUCCGGCCAGAUACAGCUCGAGUACAGUGAAGUGUUUUCACCAAUCUUCGUACUGCUGCAGAUGAUUGCGGUGAAGGCGUGCCAGUACAACCAGCAGUCCUGAUCACACGCCAACCAGUCACGCCGCGAGCUACUAUCGUUUAGCAAUGAUGUCGUUCUGGGAACAAUCAUUAUGCAGUGAGCUAAUCUUUAACUAUCUUUGGCUGGUAGCGCUAUGAGUAAUGUUAAUUAAUAAUAAACUCCGCAAGAUCAUGGAA